GCCUUCUUCCGUGUUGUUUUCAGUCUCCGAGGAGUUUUUGUUCUAAUAAGGACCUUCUCGGUAUGUCGGCGGCCUCACGGGCAGGAUAAAUUUGCUUUAUUUAUUUCCAUUGUGGCAGUUUGUAGACGUUUUCGACGUAAAAGGCACAGAAGAAUAUGUUGACAGAUGGAGUCCUCACGCGGAGUUCCUUUGGAUCGGCCACUCAAGGAAACUUAACUUCCCUGUGCCCUAAUGGGACCAAAUGGGUUUGGGAAGGGCUUGGGGAAUGUGCCCAGGAUGCGAGGGACAUGGCCAGCAUCUACCUAGGCCUCCUGUCCAUCCUCUGCUUCAUGGUGUCCUCACUUCCACAGUACUACAGCUCAUGUAAAAGAGGGAAUAUGGACAGUGCCCUCUCUAUUUGGUUUCUGCUGCUGUGGUUGGGAGGUGACACCUGCAAUCUUGUGGGCUCCUUCUUGGCAGACCAGCUUCCACUUCAGACAUAUACAGCCGUUUAUUACAUCAUAGCUGACAUGUUGAUGCUGGCCAUGUACAUAUACUACAAGACGAGGAACAGAAUGGUGGAAAGCAGGAGGGUUUUGCAUGUGGUGGGUGUAGCCUGUGUCCUGGGCGUCACCACAAGCCUCGUCCAUCUGCCCGGGUUAGGCACCCAACAGGAAGUAAUUCCUUCUGCGUUCAGAAGUCGCGCCUUGCUCUCAACCUCUGACAUCAAGACUUUUACCCCUAAAGAGAUUAUUGGUUUCACCAUCGGCUCUGUGUCGUCACUGCUCUAUCUCUCUUCCAGACUUCCCCAGAUGUACACUAAUUUCAAGAGGAAGUCAACAGAUGGAGUGUCUUACUUCCUGUUUGCGCUGAUCAUCCUGGGAAACACCACGUACGGCCUGAGUGUCCUGCUGAAGAACCCUGAGGUGGAUCAGGGGGAGAGAAGCUACAUGGUCCAUCACUUGCCGUGGCUCAUCGGCAGCCUCGGCACCCUCUCCUUGGACAUCAUUAUCUCCAUCCAGUUCAUAAUUUACCGCAAAGCUAAGAUGGAGUUGAACGUCAAUCACGGUGAGACAACGCCAUUGAUCGGGAGCUAAACCAAAAAACUGAGACUGUACUAGUGGGACACGAACGGACACUCGCUUCCAAUUAAACCUCCAAAUCUCCAACCAAAUCAGGAUGAAAGAAAAUUGUACAUUUUAGUUGUAUUUUAGAGUUUUAUUUAUUAUGCUCUAAAAAUGUUUACAAUAUGUUUUUAUCUACAAAAGUACUGUGAAUAUAGAAAUUUAAUUUUGUUUCUAUGACUGUGACAGAUUAAAGUGCUCAUAUUAUGCUCAUUUUCGGGUUCAUAAUUGUAUUUAGAGGUUGUACCAGAAUAGGUUUAUGUGGUUUAAUUUUCAGAAAACACUAUAUCAGCUCCUCUUUUCACCCUGUGUGUUGAGCUCUCUGUUUUAGCUACAGAGUGAGGCAUCUAACUUCUGUACCAUCUUUGUUGGGAGUCGCACAUGCGUACUGCUAGCUAGCCAGUUGCAGAGAAUGUGGGCAUGCCACGCUAGCAGCUAGGCUAGCAUUAUAACGUGUUACAAAGUGACGCACGUUCGUCACGGAAGUAAAGGCUGGACUACAAUAGAGCUGUUUGGAGCAGUUUGUGAAAAAAAAGCAAAAAGCCCAAUAUGAGCACUUUAAGUUUUUCACUUGGGUUCAGCUGCAAUUUUAAUGUUUGGGUUUAAAAGGACGAUUAAGGGUUUUAGGUGUUGGACGUAGAUUGAAACUCCUCCUGUCAACCUGAACUCCUUCUCGUGAUUCCAGGUCACAGUCUCAGUUUGAUGUCAGACUUCAUAUAGAUGUCCGAAACCUGCUGGUCGUGGUGAUCAGACCACGCAGCGGUUUCUCUAAAAUGAAUCCAGUUUUUUAAUUUGACCAACACUUUGACAGUUAUGAUGACACUAACCGCUGCACACAUGCAGUGAUGAGUCUGAAGAAGAAAUGUUUUGUAAAACAUUUUCCAAGUGUAAAUUGUAUUUAGUCAAUUUUUAAUUAAUGCUUACACCGAGUGCUCUUAA